GGUGUCUUUGGGGUCACUGUAUCGGUGAAUCAGCUGGUCAGACUUCUGCUCUAUGCUGUGCGCAAACAUUCUGUCAGCCCGCCAUCCUUGACCAUGCCCCUACUACUGGCUACCUCGUUGUGCCAUGUGGUGGUGACGUGGGAGCAACGCACUCGAGACACUCGGAUGUUUGCCUUGGAGCGAUUUUGCUUGCGUGGCUCACGACUAUCCACAACGGAGACAGAGGGUGGUUACAGUGAAGCUGCUAACGGCCUUCCUACCACUCCCACGAAACGAAUUCCCACUACCUCAUCUCCUUUUCCCUCGAUGUUACCCAUUGGUACAGAGCUGACUAGUCACAAUCUGUCUGCCUACUGCCUUGUUGAUGAGACUGGUUGCGCUGUUGCCCAACGCAAGGCCUUCCAUUUGGCUUGUCAAUUGUGGGCUGCUGGAGGUAUCUCCACGCGGUUGGUGCUGAAGAGAACAUCAGAUCCCCUGGAAAUGGCCUCAGAAUUGGGCGCAAUCUUUGCUGUACGUAUCUGUCUGCUGACUGGCAACAAACUGGGAGCUCUGACCUACAAGACUUGGCACCUCUACGGUGAUCGUCCGGGUGGAGAGGCCUCGCAGUUUUCUGAGCCUUCUGCGGUAGUUGCGCAGGUGCGCUACGCGCUUAGUGGCGCUGAUAGCUCUGGUUCACAUUCCUCCAUCGCCCCUUCCUCUGUGUUUCUCGCCUCCGCAAACGCCCCCACAACCACUGGUGUAGGGGAUAAUUUGGCAGCUGCAGCUUCCUUUUCAUCAUUUGUCACUACAAGUUCGACUGCCAUCAGUUCUUCGGUAUCACUUUCUGCCCCCCCAGGGAUGUGGAUUUCGGACGAAGGGGACGAGCGUCGGGGAAAUUGGUUGAGAGAUUUGAGGUGA